AUGACCCUCUGUCACUGUUCCAGUCAUGAACCCUUCACCCACCCUCCACCCACCCUUCACUCAGCCUACACCCACCCUUCACUCAGCCUCCACCCACCCUUCACUCAGCCUCCACCCACCCUUCACUCAGCCUACACCCACCCUUCACUCAGCCUCCACCCACCCUUCACUCAGCCUACACCCACCCUUCACUCAGCCUCCACCCACCCUUCACUCAGCCUCCACCCACCCUUCUCUCAGCCUCCACCCACCCUUCACUCAGCCUCCACCCACCCUUCACUCAGCCUCCACCCACCCUUCACUCAGCCUACACCCACCCUUCACUCAGCCUCCACCCACCCUUCAUUCAGCCUCCACCCACCCUUCACUCAGCCUCCACCCACCCUUCACUCAGCCUCCACCCACCUUUCACUCAGCCUCCACCCACCCUUCACUCAGCCUUCACCCACCCUCCACCCACGCUUCACUCAGCCUCCACCCACCCUUCACUCAGCCUCCACCCACCCUUCACCCACCCUCCACCCACCCUUCACUCAGCCUCCACCCACCCUUCACUCAGUCUCCACCCACCCUUCACUCAGCCUCCACCCACCCUUCACUCAGCCUCCACCCACCCUUCACUCAGCCUCCACCCACCCUUCACUCAGCCUCCACCCACCUUUCACUCAGCCUCCACCCACCCUUCACUCAGCCUUCACCCACCCUCCACCCACCCUUCACUCAGCCUCCACCCACCCUUCACUCAGCCUCCACCCACCCUUCACCCACCCUCCACCCACCCUUCACUCAGCCUCCACCCACCCUUCACUCAGUCUCCACCCACCCUUCACUCAGCCUCCACCCACCCUUCACUCAGCCUCCACCCACCCUUCACUCAGCCUCCACCCACCCUUCAUCCACCCUCCACCCACCCUUCACUCAGCCUCCAACCACCCUUCUCUCAGCCUCGACACACCCUUCACUCAGCCUCACCCACCCUUCACUGAGCCUCCAUCCACCCUUCACUCAGCCUACACUCAUCCUUCACUCAGCCUCCACCCACCCUUCACUCAGCCUCCACCCACCCUUCUCUCAGCCUCCACCCACCCUUCACUCAGCCUCCACCCACCCUUCACUCAGCCUCCACCCACCCUUCACUCAGCCUCCACCCACCCUUCACUCAGCCUCCACCCACCUUUCACUCAGCCUCCACCCACCCUUCACUCAGCCUUCACCCACCCUCCACCCACCCUUCACUCAGCCUCCACCCACCCUUCACUCAGCCUCCACCCACCCUUCACCCACCCUCCACCCACCCUUCACUCAGCCUCCACCCACCCUUCACUCAGUCUCCACCCACCCUUCACUCAGCCUCCACCCACCCUUCACUCAGCCUCCACCCACCCUUCACUCAGCCUCCACCCACCCUUCAUCCACCCUCCACCCACCCUUCACUCAGCCUCCAACCACCCUUCUCUCAGCCUCGACACACCCUUCACUCAGCCUCACCCACCCUUCACUGAGCCUCCAUCCACCCUUCACUCAGCCUACACUCAUCCUUCACUCAGCCUCCACCCACCCUUCACUCAGCCUCCACCCACCCUUCUCUCAGCCUCCACCCACCCUUCACUCAGCCUCCACCCACCCUUCACUCAGCCUCCACCCACCCUUCACUCAGUCUCCACCCACCCUUCACUCAGCCUCCACCCACCCUUCACUCAGCCUCCACCCACCCUUCACUCAGCCUCCACCCACCCUUCAUCCACCCUCCACCCACCCUUCACUCAGCCUCCAACCACCGUUCUCUCAGCCUCGACACACCCUUCACUCAGCCUCACCCACCCUUCACUGAGCCUCCAUCCACCCUUCACUCAGCCUACACUCAUCCUUCACUCAGCCUCCACCCACCCUUCACUCAGCCUCCACCCACCCUUCUCUCAGCCUCCACCCACCCUUCACUCAGCCUCCACCCACCCUUCACUCAGCCUCCACCCACCCUUCACCCACUCUCCACCCACCCUUCACUCAGCCUCCAUCCACCCUUCACUCAGCCUCCACCCACCCUUCACUCAGCCUCCACCCACCCUUCACCCACUCUCCACCCACCCUUCACUCAGCCUCCACCCAGCCUAUUCCAGCCUCCAUCCACCCAGCCUCCACCCAGCUUCCCCCCUCCACUCAGCCUCCUCCAGCCUCCUUCAGCUACUAGCUCUUUAA